AUGCAGUGCAUGCCAGCAGCCUUGACAGCUAAGGAUGAGGAAUUAGUGGCUGUGUCAAGCUCAUAUGUUAAGUAUGCUAUUGAGCAAGAAUAUCUCAGAGCUGAGAUUGAUCGCCUUAAGGAUGAACUGGCCCAAGGAAAUAAGAGGGAAUGUAUGGGCAGUUUGGGUAAAACCACAAUCGCGCAAAAGGUGUACCAUGACAGACAAGUGAAUGUGAGAUUUCAGAAGAAAGUUUGGGUUUCUGUAUCUCAAACUUAUGAUGAGCUUCUCAUCAUGAAGGGUAUUUUGAAACAACUGAAUGCAGAUGAUAGCGGAAUUGACAAAGGAGACUUGCUUAACAGAAUUCUUGAAGCACUUUCACAUAAGUCAUUCUUAAUUGUCUUGGAUUCAGUAUGGAGCAUUGAUGAUGGAUGGUGGGAUAGAAUAUCAAGGGGAUUACCCAAGUUUGUAGAGCACAAUUGUUGUAUUAUAAUUACAUCAAGAAGAAAGUGCAAUACUCAAUUGGAAGAAGUUGGAAGAGAGAUCGUGCACAAAUGUCAUGGUCUUCCUCUAGCCAUCAAGACCACAGGUGGGAUGUUAUCAUCAAAACCACAUUCACUCGGGGAGUGGACAAGGAUAUGUGAAAACUUUCGAGAGAAAUUGGUAUCGGAUAGUGAAAGAAAUAUCUCUGCAAUGGCUUCUUGGCAACUAAGCUAUGAUGAGCUUCCUGCUCAUCUAAAGCAGUGUAUGCUAUGCUUCUCAAUCUAUCCAGAUGACCAUGAAAUUGAGGUGGAACAAUUGGUUCGUUGGUGGGUAGGGGAAGGAUUAAUUAGUCCGUGGCGAUGGCACAGAAACUCAACAGAUGUAGCUUUUAGUCAUUUGUCUGAACUUGUAAGUCGGUGCUUGGUUGAAGUUGUCCAAAGAAGAAGCUUUGAUGGCAAAGUUUAUAGUUGCAAGAUGCAUGACAUGGUUAGGGACAUGACAAUUCUCGUUGUAGAAGACGAGAAAUUUUGUAGCUUCAAUCGAGGCAGGCACAUAGCCACAGUUAACUCUAGGCACUUGGGGGAAAACAACUAUUCAGUCCUUAUAUGGGAACUCAAAGCUAAGAGCACUUCUUCUCACUACAACAAAUUACAUCGGUUUCAACAGGAAAAUUGCUCUGGCUGA